UUUUUUUGUUUUUUUGUUUUUUUGUUUUUUUGGUUAGUAUAGAUUAAAAAAUUAGGAAAAAUACAUAGUUCAAUUCGGAGAUUUUGAUUUUAUUUCGGAUUCUGGAGUUCCGAAAUGUUAUCGGUAGAGCCUUUAAGUCCGGUAAUUCGAACCAAGUUUCAUCUCGAUUCGAAUUGUAAUCUACGUAGUUGGAAUGGAUUGGGGGUUUUCCGUUGUAAAUCCAGGGUAUAUCACCAGGAUUCAAACCGUUUUCUUCUGAAUUUGGUGCCCUUUCCCUCUGUAAAGUUGUAUAGAUUAGCGCCUUCGAAAAACUCGGAUAGAUUCAAUCUUUGGGGAGGUUUCGCGGGGAAUUUCGGGUCGAGGAGUAUCAGGGUAUGUGCAAAUAGUAGAGAUAGUGAUUCCACAGGUGGUUCAGGGGAGAAGAGUGAAGCUAAACCUAGCGAAACUCAGGGGGUUAAUAAGAACACAACGAAUUCUGGUUCUUCGUCCAAUCCAAGGAGGGAGAAGCACGGAAAAGGAGGGGGUUGGUGGUGGUCUAAAGGCGGAAAAUGGCGGUGGCAACCUAUAGUUCAGGCCCAAGAGAUUGGAAUUUUGCUUCUGCAGCUCGGAAUUGUAAUUUUUGUUAUGCGAUUGCUUCGUCCUGGGAUUCCAUUACCGGGCUCCGAGCCGAGGACUCCCACGACAUUCGUAACCGUACCUUACAGUGACUUCUUAAGCAAAAUCAACAGUAAUAACGUGCAGAAGGUAGAGGUUGAUGGAGUGCAUAUCAUGUUUAAGUUGAAAUCUGAACCAGGUGCUCAGGAAAGUGAGAUAAUCAGUGGAAGCAAGCUGCAGGAAUCAGAUUCAUUGAUAAGAGGUGUUAGUCCGACUAAAAGAGUAGUUUAUACAACUACAAGGCCAAGUGAUAUUAAAACUCCAUAUGAUAAGAUGCUUGAAAACGCAGUGGAAUUUGGGUCACCAGACAAGAGGUCAAAUGGAUUCUGGAACUCUGUAAUGAUAGCUCUGUUCUAUGUUGCUGUGCUUGCUGGCCUUCUCCAUCGGUUUCCUGUAACCUUUUCACAGCAUACAGCUGGUCAAAUUAGGAACCGCAAGUCUGGGGGUUCUGGUGGGGUAAAAGUCUCUGAACAAGGUGAAUCAAUUACUUUUGCUGAUGUGGCUGGUGUUGAUGAGGCUAAGGAGGAGCUAGAAGAAAUCGUGGAAUUUUUAAGGAAUCCAGAUAGAUAUAUUCGACUUGGUGCUCGGCCUCCUCGUGGUGUUCUUCUGGUGGGUCUACCAGGGACAGGUAAGACUCUUUUAGCCAAGGCUGUCGCUGGGGAAGCUGAAGUACCCUUCAUAAGUUGUUCUGCUAGUGAAUUUGUAGAACUGUAUGUUGGCAUGGGUGCCUCUCGCGUGAGAGAUCUCUUUGCACGGGCAAAGAAAGAGGCACCAUCAAUCAUCUUUAUUGACGAGAUUGAUGCUGUAGCAAAAAGUCGUGAUGGUAAAUUCCGUAUUGUCAGCAAUGAUGAAAGGGAGCAAACCUUGAAUCAGUUGCUUACUGAGAUGGAUGGGUUUGACAGCAACUCUGCUGUCAUUGUUCUAGGUGCUACCAAUCGAUCAGAUGUUCUAGAUCCUGCUCUUCGCCGACCUGGAAGAUUUGAUCGCGUGGUUCAGGUGGAAACACCCGACAGGACUGGAAGGGAUGCAAUUUUGAAAGUACAUGUUACCAAGAAAGAGCUCCCCCUUGCGGAUGAUGUCAACCUCAGUGAUAUUGCUUCUAUGACCACAGGCUUUACAGGGGCAGAUCUGGCAAACCUGGUUAAUGAAGCUGCUCUUUUGGCUGGAAGACAGAACAAAAUUGUGGUGGAAAAAGAUGAUUUUAUUCAAGCAGUGGAGAGAUCUAUAGCUGGCAUAGAGAAGAAAACUGCCAAAUUGCAAGGAAGUGAGAAGACUGUAGUUGCACGACAUGAGGUUGGUCAUGCAGUUGUAGGCACAGCUGUUGCAAAUCUUCUACCUGGACAGCCGCGUGUAGAGAAAUUGAGCAUACUACCAAGGUCAGGAGGGGCACUUGGGUUUACCUAUAUUCCUCCAACAAAUGAAGAUAGAUAUUUGCUCUUCAUUGAUGAGUUGCGUGGCCGUUUGGUUACGCUUCUGGGAGGACGUGCAGCAGAAGAAAUAGCCUUUUCAGGUCGUAUUUCAACUGGAGCACUUGAUGAUAUCAGACGAGCAACCGACAUGGCAUACAAAGCAGUGGCUGAAUAUGGUCUGAACCAAACAAUAGGCCCGGUGUCCAUAGCAACGCUUGCUGGUGGCGGAAUCGAUGAGUCUGGGGGAGCUGUCUCUUGGGGAAGGGACCAGGGACAUCUUGUUGAUCUUGUUCAAAGAGAGGUUAAAGCAUUGCUACAAUCUGCUCUCGAGAUUGCGCUUUUAGUCGUGCAUGCAAACUCAGCUGUCUUGGAAGGGCUUGGUGCCCAUUUAGAAGGCAAAGAAAAAGUAGAAGGUGAAGAGCUGCAACAGUGGUUGAGAAUGGUUGUUGCACCAAAAGAACUGACAAUCUUCGUAAGAGGCAAACAGGAAUCUCUUCUCCCCGUACAGUCCGUGAACUCGGCCCCAUCUUCAUAGCCAUCGUGUACAAUUCUUGUAUACUAGAGUGAACUAAAUUUCGGCCCAUUUUUUUGUAAGAUGCCUGCUGGUUGGAUGUGUCAUCCACAAAAUGGAAGAAAAAAUACCAGCAAAACAACCACCAGCAGCUGCCUAAGCACCUCGUGUUGGAGCCAUGUUCAGGUAUGUUGCCAUAUCAAACUUUAAUGUUCUCAAUCAGCUAUGCAUUGGUCGCAAUUUUAGCAGUAUCCAACUUCAUAUCUGUAAUUUAUUACCCAGCUUUAUAAACUGCUGUACUGUAAAUAUAUAGCGUUUCCAUAAGUUACAAAUGAAUGAAGUCUGGGUCAUUGUACUCUCUCAAAUGUUAUCAGUCAUUCUUCAUUCAACAAGAAUUUGUGCAUUUUCUUUAGA